AUGAGUGUUAAUGCUUGUAGAUUAAAUUACAGAGCCGAUAUCAUCAUAAGGAUGAUUCACGAUGUUCCCGAGGAAAGAGAAGUCGGUUUAAGCUGCUUCCCUGUGAACAUCAACUACUCGAGCAGACAAAAGAGAUUGCUUGAGGAUUACGGUUUCAGAUGUGACUGUGAUCGGUGCAUAGUGGAAUCUAGUUGGUCGAAAGGCGAGGGAGAUGAGAGCGAAGUCAUGGAAAGAGAUGGAAGAUUCAGAAGGUGA